AUGCCGUUACUGUUAAAUUCAGCUUCUUGUGCUAUGAAGAAAGGGCUGCUUGUAACAGGUUGUGGCCAGUCCCCAGUUCAAAAGCUAUCUGACACUAUUAUCUCAUCUUUGCUUGAUGCAUUAAAAAAGGAGUCAAAGGUACAAAUUCAAGCAAGACUAUUGGAGGCAUUCAACGAAAGCAUACAGGUUCCGGGUUCAUGUCUAAGUAAACACCAAGCUGCAAAAUUUGUUGAUGGCAUAUCAAAGGUUCUCUCCAGAUGCUCAUACCGCAAAACAGAAAGAGAGAAACGAGCUAACGAACACACAGAUUCAAGGGAGCAGGAACUACUCAAGGAGGAAGCUGAGCAACACUUGACUAUAUGUAGAAACAUUGGCAUUUGCCUUGGAACUAUGGUGAAAAAAUUGAAGGCAUCAUUCUUGCCACAUUUUGACAGGUUUUUGCCUUAUGUAUCACUUAUGUGGAGUAAUGAUAGAACAGCAGAAGAAAGAAGAAUUGUAGUGCACCUUUUUCGUGAUGUUGCUGAGCAGUGCCGAGAAGAAGCAUUCAGGCACGUCUUGCAAUUUUCAGUGUCUUAUUAA